AUGGGACACUCGAACGUCUGGAACUCGCACCCCAAGAACUACGGCCCCGGAUCCAGGGUUUGCCGUGUCUGCGGCAACUCGCAUGGCCUGAUCCGCAAGUACGGGCUGAUGUGCUGCAGGCAGUGCUUCCGCAGCAACGCCAAGGACAUUGGCUUCAUCAAGGUAUAUGCUUUGUCUGCAAGGCCUCUCUUGGUAUGGUGA